GACGGAUGGGGAUGGGGACUGCUGGGGAUGUAACUCCUCGAGAAAUACUCUACAUUUGAGCCUUCCAUCAUCAGGAAAAUUGCCCUGUUUUCUCAAAAGAGCUUUCGCACGUUUAACUGGUUUAGAGCAGUUUUAAUAAUCCAACUGCAGCGCAGAAGAUCUUCCCUCCUAGCCACACUAGACAGGUCAUCGCGCACAAUGUUUGGGAGCGAAGUUAUUCAAGCAAUAAAUCCUGCGAAUUUAGCUAGCACUGAAAAAAAUACAGAAGAAUAUAUAUUUGCGGUUGGUACUUACAAACUCCUUGCUUUUGCCAUCGGAACAAUCGGAGUCUUCGGAUUUUGCAACAAUAUUAUUGUCAUCGUGCUGUACUACAGAUUCAAGAGACUCCGGACGCCCACAAAUUUGUUAAUAGUAAACAUUAGUAUAAGUGACGUGUUGGUGUCUGUCAUUGGAAUUAACUUUACGUUUGUUUCGUGCAUCAAAGGCGGAUGGGUCUGGAACUCGGCAACAUGCAUUUGGGACGGAUUCAGCAACAGUUUAUUUGGCAUCGUGUCCAUCAUGAGUCUCUCUGCCCUGGCCUAUGAGCGCUACAUCCGGGUGGUCCAUGCUAAGGUGGUGGACUUCCCCUGGGCCUGGAGGUGCAUCACUUACAUCUGGCUCUACUCCCUGGUCUGGACAGGGGCUCCUCUCCUGGGGUGGAACCGCUACACUCUGGAGAUCCACCAGUUAGGCUGCUCUCUGGACUGGACUUCCAAGGACCCGAACGAUUCCUCCUUCGUCCUCUUCUUUCUCCUGGCCUGCUUCUUCGUACCAGUGGGCAUUAUGAUCUACUGCUACGGGAACAUUCUUUACACAGUGCAAAUGCUCCGCUCCAUCCAGGACCUUCAGACAGUGCAGAUUAUUAAGAUCCUGCGCUACGAGAAAAAAGUGGCCGUCAUGUUCCUCUUGAUGAUCUCCUGUUUCCUGGUGUGCUGGACGCCCUACGCCGUGGUGUCCAUGAUGGAAGCCUUUGGCAGGAAGAGCAUGGUCACCCCUGCCGUCGCCAUCAUCCCCUCCUUCUUCGCCAAGUCCAGCACGGCCUAUAACCCUCUCAUCUACAUCUCCAUGAGCAGAAAGUUCCGGCGCUGCUUGCUGCAGCUGUUGUGCUCCCGGCUCUCGUGGAUUCAGCACAGCGUCAAGGACCGCCCCCUGGCCCGGAGCAUCGAGCGGCCCAUCCGCCCAAUCUUCAUGUCCCACCGAGGGGAUGGGGAACGACCAAAGAAGAGGGUGACCUUCAGCUCCUCCUCCAUCAUCUUCAUCAUCGCCAACAACGACAUUCACCACCUGGACACCACCUCCAAGAGCGGCCGUAUGUUGUCAGAGGUCAUCCAGGUGCGGCCGCUGUGACAGAGCAUUAUGGGUACUGCAGGACGUCAUGCUACACCCAGGCCACCAUGGGAACUGACUAAUCACCUCCAUCUAACACCUGUUCCUCUGUAUACCUCAGGACUUCCUCUCAUGAUGCAGUAAACCCGGAGGUGUUUCCUCUCAAAAGCCAAAACACCUUUUUGACCCAAGACUACUGGAAGUGUUUAAUGUCCUGUUCUCAGACUGUCUCGCCAGGAAACACUUUUUCUACCAACAGUUGUGGUAAACAAAUGAUGUAGCUGUGAAUUUGUGACGUAUCUCUCUCAACUUGUACCCUGUUAUUUUCAACAGCGCCUAUGUAAUCGUGUCAGCCAGCCUUCGACAUAGUCUCAUCCUGAGUUGAGUGUUUUUGAACAGGACCUCCUGUGUGAUGGCGGAGGCUAGCAGUGUUAAUGGAUCAGUGAUUGGCUGAGGAAGUGAUGUUUAUAAUUAUUAUUUCCCUGGUUGGCAGCAGUGCAGUGCAGUGCAGCAGUGCUGAAUGACUGAUGGGAAAAGCCUUGCAAUAUUGCAGCAGCACAUUCUGCACAAUACUCUCUCUGCCUUUAUUGUAUCUGGAUGUGAGAAAGAGAUCCUAUUUUAAGAAAGCCACAGAUGAGAUGUAUUUAAAAAAAAAUAUUUUUUAAAAAUCUUCCUAAUUUAAUUGUCACCACACUCGCUAGCGUGAUAAGUGCAAUCACUGUGAAAUUACAUUUCGUGGAAUUAUUUACGUAGAAUAAUAUGAAUGUAAUUAAAGAGGGAGGAGAUUGUGGUCAAGAUCAGAAUGGUUCCACAGGCGGCAGCGAUAAGAAACUCCAGCGGCUCCAGGUUGCAGACGGAGCUCCCUUCAUAAGCCUCCCGAGUCGUCCCCUAUGAGUAGAGUUGAUGAGGAGAUGAUCUUAUUCAGCUCUAUAUAGGCACCAUGUCAUCAUAUACGUACAUCUGUGUUGACCGGAGACUGUCGUAAGAGCAAGCCAAUCAUCAGCCUAGCUAGUAGCUACCACUUUGAGCUUGACAUUUACAGUAGAAUUAUAGGUCUGGUUUAUCCCACAGAAAAGGUUUUUCAGAAAAAAUGUGUGCGCCUUAGAUGUUUGUCCUUUUUCACUCAAAACAGGUUUUGCAAGCCAUAACUCCGCCACAAGCAACUGCAAAUUCAUUCAUUCAAUAACACUCACAUCAAGGCAAAUUGUAUUAACAAUGUUUAUAACUUUAAUGAUAAAUAAUUAUUUGUCAACACAGGUCAUGAGGCCAUCACUACUACAGUUGUAUUGUUGAGCAGUAACAUUGUGAUCACGGCACAGCAUUAAGACGGGUGGCAGGGUAGCCUAGUGGUUAGAGUGGAAGGUUGCAAGUUCAAACCCCCGAGCUGACAAGGUACAAAUCUGUCGUUCUGCCCCUGAACAGGCAGUUAACCCACUGUUCCUAGGCCGUCAUUGAAAAUAAGAAUUUGUUCUUAACUGACUUGCCUAGUUAAAUAAAGGUACCUUGCAGGUGCAACCUCAAUCAAAAAAAUAAAUACUGUGGUUUUAAUGUACUGCCCUCGAAGAUAAGAACAUUAUUUACUGUAUUUAUGUUUGAUUCAACACACCCACAAAAAAGGCACUUCAGUUAUUUUCUGGCAUGUUGACCUCACAUGGAACUGGGACAAUAAUAUGCCACAAAUGAUUUGGAAUGUUUAAUUACUGCAACAUGACUGACACGAGUUGGAUGCUGGUUAAUAAUGGUUAAUAAACACUUGAGUAAAUGAGGGACACAAAGUAUUUUUAAAGUAGGUGCUUCCACACAGGUGUGGUUACUGAGUUAAUUAAGAAAUUAACAGCCUAUUAGGAUUAUGUAUAAAAAUGCCCAGUUGCCCAUUAUUUUGGUUACCAUGGCUAGAAGAAGAAUUGUCAUUAACUUUGAAAGAGGGGUAUCAUUUUGGCAGUUACCUGUACAUUAACACAAAAUGUGCCCCACAGGCCUUCAAUUACAGUCAAUAAAAUGUACAUUAUGAAAAAAA